AUGCGGCGCCAGGAUCCCGACUCCUGCCACCCAGACUGGCAGCUGCCAGAUCCAGCUCCGGACUGGCAACUGCCAGCUGCAGACUGGCAGCUGCCAGUUCGAAACUGGCAACUGCCAGCUCCAGUCUGGCAGCUGCCAACUGCAGAGUGGCAACUGCCAUCUCCAGACUGGCGGCUGCCAGCUCCAGACCGGCGUGGCAAACAGCACUUGAGGCGCAGUGGCCCAUACGCCUAUGCAGUCUCCUUCCAAGUGGCGGCAUUUUCCGAGGCCUUCGCGCCCACGGCGGUGUCCUACGCGGCGGUGCUGAAGGCCAUGGUCCGCGCCGGCCAGGUCGAGAGGGCCCAGACCUUUCUGGAGUCGGUUGAAGCCGGAG